CGCCCUUCCAUGCGCGCGCAUGACUCCGCCCUCCUAUGAAUUUUAGAAAACGAAACUAGUUUCAGAUCACAGUUUAGGAUAUCCAUGGAUUCAUCGGCAGCAUAUUCAGUGUGGACAGAAAAUUCUAGAGAUAUACUCGGAGGAGGUAAUUCAAAAAACGGCCACACCCUUCUCCGACCACACUCAACGCCUGCUACUCUAGUCUGGUUGGAAGAAAACUAUGAAACGGCAGAAGGAGUAUGCAUACCUAGAAAUACACUUUAUAUGCAUUAUGUGGAUUUCUGUGCGAAAAACUAUAUGCAACCUGUAAAUGCAGCCUCAUUUGGAAAGAUUAUCCGACAACAAUUUCCAACUCUGACUACACGAAGAUUAGGAACAAGAGGACAGUCUAGGUAUCACUAUUACGGAAUAGCUAUCCGAGAGAAUUCUGCCUAUUUCCAAGUUUCAUUUUCAAAGAAAGGAGCUAUUGGUUGCGAGCCUAGGAGGGAUGCCAAUAAACAGACUCCCCUCUAUUCAACUAGAACUAGAGCUGGGACAGUUCUUCCUGAAUUUCCUAGUGUCAAAGAUCUUCAUUUGCCUCCUUCUGUAGAUAUUGAAAAAAUGAGCACAUUCCUGAUGAUGUAUCGAACACAUUGUCAAAGGCUUCUUGACACUAUAAUUAGAGGUAGCUUUGAUGAGGUUCAAAGUUUUCUACUCCAUUUUUGGCAGGGUAUUCCUUCUCAUCUUUUACCCAUUUUAGAAUCGAAUGCUCUCGUCAAUUUAGUCGGUGUCUGUGAUUGUAUUCUCUAUAGAACUAUUUCAAACGCCCUGCUGCCUUCCAUGCUACAUACUGUGCCAGAAAGUUUAACAAAAGUCGUUCGUAAAUUUGCCGAAGAGCUUGACUGUUGGUUGAAAUCAUCCAUUUCCCAUCUACCGGACAACCUUAAAAUUGUAAAGCUAGAAAUGGCGAAUAGGUUUUCUCAUACGCUUAGAAGACAAAUGUCUUUGAAUCAUCUAGCCCAAGCAUCUAGAAUGGUUGUCCAUAACAGCGAUAUAACAUCGCAGAUGUUACAUGACUGGAGACAAUUGGAUUUGGAUGCAAUUUGCCGAGAAACGCUUUUUAGUACAGAACAUAGUGCCACAACCUGUCAGUUAAUUCUGAAACUUGGUAAAGAAUUUGAAUCUCUGUUGGAAGAAGAAGCACCUAUUGAGAGUUACACUGAAUGGUUAGAGCUUUUGGUAAACAAAUGUGCUGUUCACGCCUCGGGUAGAAGAAAAGGAGGUGGUAGACGCCUGGCACGACAAUUCUUACUGUUAUGGUCUGCCUUUGGCACUAGAGUUAUCAGGGAUAUGACUCUUCAUAGUGCUGCAAGCUUUGGUUCCUUCCAUCUAUUAAGAUUAAUGUUUGAUGAUUAUGUCUUGUUUCUUGUGGAAACUAUACACACGGAAGAUCAAAUGAAAGAUUUUAUGAGAAAUCUUAUGAUAGAUGUUGCGCCGCAAAUUUCUUCUUUUUCAGAAUAUCAAAGUUUAUCGAGUGGUAUAGAAAUGGAUAACAUCGAACAAUUUAAUCUUCAUCAGAGUCAAAAUUACGCCCAGUGUUCCUCAACAUCACCUUCUACUCAUUAUGAAGAAAUACCUACAGAUGACCAACAUAGUGAAUGGAUGCCAGGAGAAUGCUAUCAGAGCUCUUAUCCAAGUAACAAUAUUUGUGAAAACCGUAGAACGUGGAAUCCUUCAAUUCGGCAUGAAAACAAAGCAUAUAAUUAUCAGCAAACUGCACAGUAUUUGAUUGUUAGUCAAGACCAAUCAUCAAUUCAGCAUCAGUACCAUGGGUACGAUGAUAAUUUCAGGCACCAAGAAGACAUCAUUGAGCAAAGUGGACCAUCUUCUAUAAUGUACACUGCAUCAGGAGCUAUUUAUCAAAGUUACACGUUUGUCACACAUGAUGCUGUUACACCUGAUACAGUUCCUUUAGCUACAGACAAAAAAAUGCAUCACCAUCUGACCCUGCGCAUGGAUGGAACUGUUUAUUGUGAUGGCUAAUAAAGAAAAACUAUUAUAAAAUUAUAAACCUAAAGUUGGUGUUGGGGGUGAAUUUCAAGUAACUGAACAAUCAAGUAUAUUAUCUGUUCAAGUGACUAUAUUAGUUUGUACAACAAAAUACAUAUUCAUAGAUUAAAAUAUAUGAAAUACUA